UCUGCUGUGAGUACAUAUAUAUAAUGAAAUGAAAAUAAUCAUAAAAUAAUACUUAUUUUUAUGUUGUUCGCCAAGAAACUUAUUGAAAUUGUUUCUUCUUUGUGAGAUGAACAGGUGGAUACACUAAUAAUGUCCGCUGUUACUGCGGAAUAUUAUGAAUUUAUUAAAAAAUUGGAGGAAAAUGAUGACAAAUUAAUACCAAACCCCUUGGAACACCCUGUUGACUUCGAGUUUAAUAAUUCCACGUGCCAUGUUUGCAACGGGUAUUAUGGGCCUAGUUUCGGAGAACCAGUGUGCGUGACUUGCCAUGCGUUUCUUUACCCGAAUUUUCCGUCAUUUUGUCCUAAUUCGUACUACUACAGUGAGAAGACUGAUGACGGAGAUUCAGGGAAUGAUGAGCCUUCAGAUCUCAACUACAGCUCGGACCGAAGGGUCAAUAGAGUAUGUAUGGUGCCUGCCAGCUGGUGGUACAUAAAUUCUCUAGACAGUGAAAGCCCAGAAGAUGAAGCUAGUAACUCUGGCAAUGCAGCAAGCGCCAGUGGAAGUGGUAAUAACAGCAACACAAAUGGGAAUGGCUUGGCUCAUGGCUCAGACCAUCCCGACAUCCCUGACAAUGAGGAAGAAAUGCCUCAACCGCUUGCACUGAGGCCUGAACCACUGGCACUGAGGCCCCCACCCUGUCUUGCACAUUCUUUGCAGGCCUUGUCGACUCCGCGCCCACCAGACAAUGUGGCACCUGAGUUAAUAGCACAGUUGCCCACAGAAGUGCUACUGGGCAUCUUCAGCUACCUGGACGACCUUUCCUUAAGUGCUUGCGGCGCCGUGUGCGCGCGCUGGCGGGGACUAGUGCGCGCCCGCGUGCGAGCACCGCGCUGGGCCGCCUUCGCCGCGCGACGCUGGCCGCUGUACCGCCCGCUUACCAACAACAAGGAUUGGUACAAGGUGUACCAGUCGCUCGUGGAGUCCUGCUUCUGCCGCAACUGCCUCGUGCAGAUGUGCGUGCAGGCGCAGCCGCCCGGCGAGGAGAGCGCGUGGCGACACAACCGUCUCCGCAUCGAGCUCAAGAUGAUGCGCAACGACCCGCCAGAAGGCAUCGCGGCGACGCCGCUGGACGCGCGCUGCUGCCACUGGCAGGCCUCCGUCACCGGCCCGGCCGGCUCGCCGUACGAGGGCGGCAUCUUCUACCUGUACAUACAGGUGCCUUACGCGUACCCAAUGAGCCCGCCUGUGGUCCGGUUCCUGACCCGCAUCCUGCACCCGAACGUGUCGCGGCACGGCGACGUGGGCAUCGACUCCGUGCACCACAACUGGUCGCUCGCGCUCACCAUCAGCAAAGUGCUCAUCUCUAUACAGAGCCUGCUGACGGACCCCUAUACUGCAGUGUGCAUGGAACCGGAAUUAGGUGAGAUGUACGUCCGCGACCGAGCGCGCUUCGAGAGCCUGGCGCGGCGCUGGACCUGGCGCUACGCCAUGCAGGACAUCUUGCCCUACUGAGCCGCCGCGUGCGGCUCCGGUCACCACAGACUAAAGAAACAAACCUUUUAAUAGCACAUUAUUAUCGAGGCUCGGAAUAAUCGGAACUAGCUACUUGCUGGCUGAAGAUUCGUUUUAAACCCUUGGAAGUCCGUUUAAUUGAAUCCAAAAGCCAGCAGGUAGGCUUCCAGCCGAGUCAUAUCAUUUAUUUUAUUUUAUUGUUUUUAAGGGGUAACAAACAACUAUACAAAUACAAUCUACAAAUGGUGUUACAUUAUAAGUAUUUUUUUUAUGUACAGCCAACAACGUUAUCCAAAAGUUACUAGUUAACAGUAGUAAUCAUAUGUGUUUUUCUCAAAAAUGGUGCAUGAAAUUUAAUUAUGAUGGAACCUGCUUACGUAUAUAUUUUCACAGAAAAUAGUGUAAGAAAUUAAAAAGAUUUGCUUUGUCGCCUUUUUAUUAUUUAUUUUUUUUAAUUAAAAAUAAAUAGGUACCAACACUACAGGGCAUCUUGUGGCGAGCUAUUGGAGAGAAACGACCCCACUGACCUGAGUACCUCCGAUUGUCGGUCAGGGUCUCCGUCUCCGGCGUGUCUUCGUCGGUCGGAGUGGACCCCAAGGGGAACCGCAAUACUCUCAACUCUGGCUUGCCUUCAUUGGCCGUCCAGAGGAGUCGUUAGAGCUAAAUGCUCGAGGGGUGGAAGUGAAACACGCAUAAGACGCGAGUUGGCACAGUGGCUGUUAUCAGCCACUGGGUUGAAAGCGGCGCACACCUCUCGACACCCCUGAGCCGCUCACACCGGUGUUGCUCCUGGUCGUCUUCACGACGGCAGUUUCAGGGGCCCAUCUAAUGGGCGGCGAGUCACCGCCUGCCUCGAUAACUAGUGAAAACACUGUUAUGGCAGGUAACCGGACGUCUUUGCAAUAACUCUAAUUAUUAAUAAUACUUACUUUACUCUUUGGCAAUAACCUAGUCUCAUUGUUCACCCAAACUUCAAUCCAUAGACCGUUAUACUGUUCACUUUUUCUACAAUAGUCCCAAUGCCUGCUGCGACCGGUUCAUGAGUAUCUAUUGGUGCGCCUGUGAACGGGUUCCAGCAGGCGUCCUACAUGACAUUAAAGCUCUCCAAGGAGCCUCUACGUGUUGGAUCUAUAUCCCCACGCAACCCUAUCAAAAGACCGGGAUUUGUAGGCCCGUUAAAUCCAAGGAGUAUUGACCAUAUGCCUGCUUUUGAUAGGGCCAUUCCAACUUUUUUUUUAAACUUUGAAACUAACUCGACAGAUAAUGGAAUUUGUAUGCAACAUUGCAGUCUUGAAAUCGAGACUACUAUGUUUUUAACUUUUGACUGAUCAUAAACUACGCACUUCGCGACCUAUUUUUCAACCGAUAAAGUCGGCUUUGCCGUCCAUUUUUGAGAAAAAGUGUUUAUCUACUAAUUUAGGUUGGCCAUACAAUCGAUGUCGGCAACAGAAGCCAUGUGAUUUUGAUAACCUAUAUGUAAUUUGCACAGCUGUGGUGCAUAAGUCGUAUUUACGCAGAAAAUGCAAUUGAAACUAUAUCAAUUGCUAUUGAAUGCUCUUAGAGUCGAACCAAGAUAACUCGGCAGUGAUUUUUAUAGCACAGACGUGAAAGUGUUACUUUAAACGUCAAACUUCUAUGAAAUUAUGGGGUUUAAAUAACACUUGCACGUCGCUGCAGAGUUAUCAUAGUCGUACUCGAUCUCUGGCCAUUCCCACAAGACUGAGAAUUGUAAUGCUUCGCGUUGUUGCGUUCUGUGUCGGACGGACGGGACGUGACGGAAAUAAGCAAUUGUUUUUCGGAAGCGAAAAUGGAUCUUAAUUUAAAGUUUUUGGAGUUACGUGUGGGUUUGGCGGUACAGAGCAUCCAGCAACGCAGUUUCAAUCAUGAUACGGUAUAAGAAAUAGUACCUGGGCGACCGAGCUUUGCUCGUUUAUAACUAUUUAUUGUAAUAUGGUGGUGUAUAGGUGAUAAUCUACAUAAACUUAAAAAGUAAAAUGUGAACUGACAAUUAUUAUUAUUUACAAUCGAUUUUAACCUUACAGCACUUGUCACAGAGUAACGCCAUCUAUUGUCAAUUUCUCUUAUUACAUAGGUCAUUUUUUUACUAAAUUAAACUUGUCUAAAACAAUAAAAAUUUAAAAAUUAUAUAUAAACUUGAACAUAUAAAAAAAAAAAAAGUUAGUUACCGGGCGAGAUUCGACCCCGUAACACUCGUUUAGCAGUCCGCGUCUUAACCCGCUGGACCAGACGGACAGUGGCCGGCAACACGAAAUUAGCGACCAUAUUCUGCGUCUAAAGAAAAACGCAUGAAAACUCGAAAACACGCGUUUUCCCAAACAUAAGACUAAUCUAGAGAUUGUAUACCCCCCAAAAACCCCAAUAUACCAAAUUUCAGCGAAAUCGUUAGAGCCGUUUCCGAGAUCACAGAAAUAUAUAUAUAUACAAGAAUCCCUUAUCUGUUAUGUGUAACCGAAACCGGUAAAACGUCCCACUUUGUCGCUUGCUAUUAGAGCGAGAUUUGCUUGCAUUAUAUAUAAGCAAAUAUAUAUAUUUGCUUAUUAUUUUGAAUAACCCGUCAAUGCGCCCUUAUAGCAAGCGACAAAGUGGGACGUUUUUGUUUAGUUAGGGAGGGCCUGUUUCACAUUGUCCAAGUAAAGUAUUGGAUAGCUAAUUAACAAAUAAAUUAACUGCCAGAUAAAACUUCCUUCAAAACUUAGCACUUAAGUUUAUUUAAAGAAAGUGAAACGCCAACGGUGACUUUAUUCGUCAGAUAAGUGCCAAGUAGCUUAUUCAGGACUUUACUUGGACAUUGUGAAACAGGCCCUUAAUCGUAUAUUAUAGCAAAUGAAAGCUUAUUUUAUACAUAAUCUAACUGUAAUAUGUUGCCUUAUUAAAAAUUUGGCCCAGUCUACGGUUGCCUAGAUAAACCGAUUUUUUUUUAUCUAAGAUCAGGGCAACCUUGGACUUGACUAUAAGGCAACCUAUUACAGUUCGAUAUAUGUUAAAAACUUUUCUUUUAAUAUAAUAUACGAUUAAAUAACAAAAAAAGUUAAAAUAAAAUUGUUUACUGCCCGUACGCAACUUAACUAGGCAACCUAUUUACAAUGUGUCAAUGUGAAUAUUAUCUGUCAUUUAUUUCUGAACACAAAUAUAUUACAGAUGAGGGCAAAUUUCUUUUAACGCGUCUCCUACUAUCAUCAAAAACGACACUGGAUUUUUGGAAUAUAAAUUCAAUGCAGAUUCUUACUGUUGCGUGAAGAAAGUAGAACUAGAAUGUAUGUAACAUAAAACCAAAAGACCAAAUUGUAAAAAUGCUAACAAAAUUACAUGGACUGAGUGAUGAGUAUCAAUUUUACCCUUAUAAGUAGGGACAUAAAUGUAACGUAACAUAUACCUACCAAAAUAAAACAAUCUUAUUGCA